AUGAAGACCUCUGGCAUUGUCUUUAGCUUAUUGGCUGCAAGUGCCACCGUGAUGGCUCGGUCUACCGUGUAUAUGGUCACCAGCGACGAUGCCUCAGCAAUGGAUACCAGCAACAACGUUGAGAAACCCACCAUUCCUUUGGACGCAUUUUCAAUGGUGCUUUCGCACAUGACUGACACGGCCGACUGUCAUCCCAUUCACCACAUGCAACAAGCUUACAAACAAGAGACCAUUGCUGGUGCCAAGGCAGUUUGGAACAAUCGUGCUGCUUGGUGGUCUCAUGCACAAGAUGACGUCUUUGAACGAAAGCUUGAUAACGGUCUGUUCCUUGUCGUCUCAGGCGUGGAUGCAUCUGAAGAUACCUUCCCCAUGGAUCCAUCAUUCUACGUCUCCGAUAAUGUUGCUGAAGAUUACAUGGUCUUGGCUGAUGAUACCGCACAAGCUCUUCAAAAGAAUGGUCAAAGCGUCUCGGUGCGUUCCAACAUGGGCUUGUUUGACGCAGAGGUUACGGAUGAUACGGGUGUCUUUGAUCUCUCACAAGAGGCCGAUCGCGUUUUCCUCAAGGAAGUCGAUGCUGUCAAGAAUGCUGUCAAGGAUACUGCCAACUUUGUUGCUGUAAAGAUGGAAGGAUUACAGCUUCUUGAAAAGGCAUAUGGCACACAAUCUUCUCAAUAUCAAGAGGCACGACGCGUCGUCGAUGACUUAAUCCAAGAGACUGUGAUACCCGAUUUCCAGGAGCUUCAUCCUAAUGAACGCAACUUGAUUACUGUCAUCUUUACGCCUACACGUUACACUCAUCAUUUCGGCAAACGUGGUGUGCCUGAGACUUUGCAAGAAAGUGAUACAUGCUAUGUCACUGAAGAUGCAUGCUUGAACGGUACCUCCAGCUGCAGCGGUCGUGGUCAAUGCGUGCCAGAUGACAAGAGUGACAACGAAUGCUAUGUAUGCAAAUGUCAAUCAUCUUCCUAUCUUGGUGAUGCAUGCCAGGUUGAGGAUGCCGUUGGUGACUUUCAGCUCUUGUUCUGGACCGGUGUGACUCUGAUUGUGCUCACGGCUGGUGCAUUGCUCUUUGUCUACAAGGAUUGUGAUGUUGACAAUGGUGGUAUCAUGAUGGUGCCUCAAGUGCCUCCCAAACAAGAUUAA